AGAUUCCUGGGGCCCUGGGCUGGGGUUAAGGGAGGCUGGCGGUAGUACCUAACCCCCUCUCCGAGUUCCUCCUCCCCUCCCCCGGCCGGGUUCCUCCCUCCAUGCCACCAGGCCCGGGUCUCCUGGGAAGGUGGGAGCUGGCAAAAGGACCCGCCUCCGGUCAUUCCCGGGAAGGGGCGGGUCGGCGCACUGGGCGGGGCAAGACAAGCCUAGGGUGGGAACGCGGGGAGCUAGGGCAGCCGGCGAACAGACGGAUCCAGCCCUGGACCAUGGCCUCCAAGUGCUCCAAGUGCGACAAAACUGUGUACUUCGCUGAAAAGGUGAGCUCCUUGGGCAAGGACUGGCAUAAAUUCUGUCUCAAGUGUGAGCGUUGCAGCAAGACACUGACACCUGGAGGGCAUGCAGAGCAUGAUGGGAAGCCAUUUUGCCACAAGCCCUGCUACGCCACGUUGUUUGGGCCUAAAGGUGUAAACAUUGGGGGCGCAGGCUCUUAUAUCUAUGAGAAACCACAGGCAGAGGAGGCUCCUGUCACUGGCCCUAUUGAAUACCCAAUUCGAGCAGAGGAUCGGAAAGCCAGUGGCCCCUCCAGAGGGCCCAGCAAAGCAUCCAGUGUCACGACCUUCACUGGGGAGCCCAACAUGUGUCCUCGGUGUAACAAGAGGGUCUAUUUUGCGGAGAAGGUGACAUCCCUGGGAAAGGAUUGGCACCGGCCUUGCCUUCGCUGUGAGCGCUGUGGAAAGACACUGACACCUGGUGGACAUGCAGAGCAUGAUGGACAACCAUAUUGCCAUAAACCUUGCUAUGGAAUUCUCUUUGGACCAAAAGGAGUGAACACUGGGGCAGUGGGGAGCUACAUCUAUGAUAAAGACCCUGAAGUUAAGGACCAGCCCUAGGAGGUCCUGACCCUUUGAUGUGAUGGCCAGCCUGCUAUUCCCAGUUCUUCUAGGGGAGUAAGCACUCCCCACUGUUGCCAGCACAAGAAGCUUAUUUCUGAAAGGGUGUGAAUAAUAUGACCCAGCUUUGUAUAUGAGUGUGAAGGUAUAUUCUUGAGGAUUCCUCAGAAUUGCUGAGAUCUGCCUGAGUGUCUCCCCUGUUCUUACCAUGUCUCCUACUACUUCUCUCUCUCCCUUUCCUCCUGUUUUGGUUUGCCUCCUCCCCUCCCUUGACACCCUUCUGAGCCCUUCACCACCUUUCUGUUUCCAUCACUCCUUUUCUCUCAUUCCCUAUUUUCCUGUUGCUUAGAGGCUGUAGGUCCUACUAUCUAUCUCCCCAUUUCUUUUUUCUCUCCCCCACUCCCCCCCCGCCAGCAUCCUGUACUCCAUGUUUAUUUAUGAAAGGGUAUGGGUCCUGCUUUGGCUAAAGACAAACCCUCUGUCCCUCAUAGUAUUACUGAGCAGCCUGGGGCAGAGUGUUAUCUCUAGGAGCCCUUCUGCCACCGUUUCCCCUUAAUGCACCACAGGCCCUGAGGCCUAGCUAUGUGUACCUUCACAUUUAACCAGACACUAAGGCUGCUUUGACUUUUGCUAUCAAUAAAGGUUUUGAAAAUCUG